GCGCAGGGCGCAGGCGCCGGAGGCAGCCCCGGAUGUGAGGAAACUUCUUUAUCUUCUGCUUCUAUUGGUUACGCUUGGUCCCGCCUCUCGGGUCCUCUGGCUUCUUCCCAAACACCUUCUCUUUCUCUCGGUGAUUGGCCAAGAGGCAGUUCCCAUAGUAACUGACACCAAGCUCCCACUUCCCCGCCUUGAGGACAGCGCCGGCCCUCGUAUUAGCAACUUGGAAGAGAGGGAGCUCAGGUGGGCACUCGCAACUUCUUACGUAUCUGCGCGUUCUCUUCGCACCCACUGGCGUGAGCUUGCGGUUCCGGCCUUCCUUCCUUCACAAGCCCCCUUGGCAACCGUCGCCGUUGAGACGGAGGGAGACGCCCCCACAGAUUCGCUCCGCCGCGCCUCUUGGAGCGCAGAUUGGCCGGAGCAAGGCGAGUGGGCCCGGCCUUGGUAGCCGCAGACCGAGCGCUGGCUGUCCUGGAACCGAGGCGGCGGGAGCCCGGGGCGCGCCGCGGCACGGAAGAGCGGCGAGAUGCUCAACCGCAAGACCAGCCACUUUUUGGGAAUGAGAGUGCAGUCGGAGCUUGAACAUCUCUCCGAGCUGCGGCGGGAAGCGGGGAAGGAUCGCAUCUCAGUGCGUGGGUCGGCCGCGCGGACGCGAGCGAGUGUGCGGACCCAGUCGACGGCGGCGGCGGCGGCGGCGGCGAAAGCGGAUGAAGACCCCGGAGCCAACUUGUUCCCGCCGCCGCUGCCCCGACCCCGGAUCUGCAUGUGGAAGUACCUGGACAUCCAUUCCAUGCACCAGCUGGAGAAGACUACCAGUGCUGAGGAGAUGAGGCAGGUGUUGGCUGAGCUGCUGGAGCUAGGGUGUCCUGAGCAGAACCUGCGGGACGCCAUCACCCUGGACCUCUUCUGCCACGCGCUCAUCUUCUGCCGCCAGCAGGGCUUCUCACUGGAGCAGACUUCAGCAGCUUGUGCCCUGCUCCAGGAUCUUCACAAGGCUUGUAUUGCAACCCCCUUGGGCAACGUGGAGGAGUGCUACCACUACUUCACCAGCGUUCUUUUUUGCCACGGAGUCAGGCGGCCUCCUUUCAGCAUCGACCUCUUCAAAGAGGAACAACUGCUGGCCCUGGAAGACUACGUGGUCAACACUUACUUCCGCCACUUCAAACUCUAUAAAUACGUCUUCACACCCCAGGUGCGGCUGGAUCUGUCUUUGACUUACAUGGGGCUACAGUCACCCAAACUGUGGCCAGAGAGUGAGACGGAGAAAGAAGAAAGCAAGGAGGUGGAGGAGCAGGCAGUUACGCCGCAGGAAGAGGAACUAGAGACAGUGGCCCCGCCAGAGCCGGAGCCAAGCCACGUCCACAUCCUCCGAGCCUACAUCAAGACCCAAAUGAACAAGGAGCUGGAGGAGCUCCAGCGGCUGGUGGAAGAGCAGCUCAAGGUCAGCGAGGAAAGGCUCAGCAGCAAGUUGACUGCACUAGAGCGGCCCUUCCAGCUACCUCCGGGUAAAGGCAAGAGCAAGACCAAGUGACCCCCAGCAUUUUCCCCAAUAAAGGUCUGGGCCAGAAUGGCCCCAUCCCUGCA